AUGCCAUGCGGGAUUGAAAGGGUUAAUGGUCCUUUUCCAAAUGAUUCAUUGAAUAAUUUAUUAUAUCACUUUCCAAAACUUCAUCAUUUAUCAAUUAAUUACCUUACUGCUUCUCGUGUCGAAAAUAGUGAAACCCAUGCUACUUCAUUAUUAAAACAUUUAAAAUAUGUUUCACUUAAACUUUAUUUAAUUGCAUUUAAUAAAUUCGAACAAAUUGUACAAACAUUUUUUGGUGAUAUUGAAGUUUUACGGAUUUCAACACAAUAUGAUACAGCAUAUUUAGAUGCAAAACGAUGGGAACAUUUAAUAACAUCUUAUUUGCCGAAUUUACGUAUUUUUGAUAUACAUCAUGAUGGUGGUGUACAACGUAAUCAGUUAACCUAUCAUGAUUUAAUUAAUCAAUUUAGAUCAUCCUUUUGGAUUGAACGAGAUUGGUUUUUUGCACAUCAACAUGAUUGGCUUGAACGGUUACACAGUGGAGUUUUUUAUUCAACUGAACCAUAUAGUACAAAAACAAAUAAGAAUCCAGCCAAUUAUUUUCCAAAUGCUACGGAAUUAACAAUUGAACAUUGUCUUGAAAAACUUGAUGAUUUAUUGGUACAAACACUAAAUAGUAUUGUUCCCGUACGUCAACUUAUCAAAUUAAUUAUUAAACAUUUUCAUAUUAAAUUUGAUCAAUUUCUUAAUGUAUUAUAUUUGACACCACAUUUACAUACAUUUAAAAGUGAUUUUUUUAUCUCUUGA